ACAGCAGAGACACCAGUCAGUGUAGCCACCAGGUAGUGGUAAAUAUGAAGUAGAGUAAAGCUGAAACGAAGUCAAUAGUGAAAGAAAGGCUUCUAAGUGGCAGGAAGAAUUGGACAGAUAACCAAAAGCAUUUGGGCUUCAACUUUGUGGAGACGACAGAAGACAAAAUGCCCCCUAAGCACAAAAGAAACAAUGGAAAUGCACGAAAUCAGGAGCGGCUCAACAAGGAGCUACGAAGCAAAAAACUUUCUCUCUUUAUUCAGCAAUUCGAGGGAGAAGCACAAAGGCGUCUCAAUGAACUGGACAGCAGACUAGAGAACAUGUUGGCAACCAUCGAUAAAGUCUUCGAAAUAGAGCUGCUGAAGAUGCCACCCUCGUUGCAAAAUACGCUUAUGGAGGACUUAAUACGCGAGGAAGAACUCUCAGCCGGUAAAGUGGUCUCCGGGGACAUCCGGCAUGACACGCCUGACAUGCGCCAGCCUCUCAGGAAGGCGUCCGGCAAGAGAGGAAAAUUAACCGAUCCUGCGUCUGUUGAAUCCCGUUCGUCUCAGAAGAAGUCAGGCAAGACAACCAAGCGGGGCAAAGGAUCCAAGAGACCCAAGCCGUUGGUUGGCAGCAGCAGCACAGGAAAUCUGGGAAGCCAAAGCAGCGUGACCACGCCCAUCCAUGAGGUCCUGCUGGCCAAACAUCAGCUUAGGUCUGUCUCCAUGGGGGAUUUGCACUGUUCAGUGGCUGGAUCUGCUGCACACAUCACUGUAACCACAGCACUAGGACAGGCGGUCUGCUUUUCUGAGGAGAACAAGGACCAAAUCAACCUGGACCUGCUGGAUGAUGUGGCGUGGUGCCAGGUGGAAAAGCUGUCGAGACUGAUGGAGUACAUGUCUGAGAGAAGCCGCUGCCACUCUGUCCCACACUGCAGUGGCCUCUGAUGGACUGUUUAUGUUUUCAUGGAUGUUAUAUAAUAAAGAUUAUUUAGAAACACA